AUGGUGUCGGUGGAUCAUUUCGAAGUCUAUGUGCAGAAACGAGAUUCCGACGGCGCAGCAGCAGCAGCAACAGCAGCAGCAGCAGCAGCAGGCGAGGCUACCAGAAAAGAGACUGCAGAAGCCACCGCAGGGGCCACAGCGGGAGUCCGGCCAGGAAAGGCGGAUGUGAAAGCAUUGGUGCAGGCAGCGGGAGCAAGAGGGAAGGCAGACGCGAAGAGCACGGUGCAGGCAGGAGCAGGAGGAGGAGCAGGAGGAGGAGGAGCAGGAGGAGCAGGAGCAGGAGGAGCAGGAGGAGCAGGAGCAGGAGGAGCAGGAGCAGGAGGAGCAGGAGGAGGAGCAGGAGGAGGAGGAGCAGGAGGAGCAGGAGGAGGAGGAGCAGGAGGAGGAGGAGCAGGAGGAGCAGGAGGAGGAAAAAAGGCGAAUGCAAAAGCCAUGAUGCAGGCAGCGGGAGCAGGAGGAAAGGCGGACGUGAAAGCACUGGUGCAGGCAGGAGCACGAGGAGGAGCAGGAGGAGGAGGAGGAGGAGGAGGAGGAGGAGGAGCAGGAGCAGGAGGAGGAGGAAAGGUGGACGUGAGAGCACUGGUGCAAGGGGCUUUGGAGGAGUGGCGGAGGACGGAGGCAGCAGCGAUGCAGCAGCUCUCAGCCUCUGUGCUGGGGAGAGGUUUAUCUGAUGUUAGGAAGGUGUAUCGGCUGGGGAAGGAACUGGGGCGGGGGAAUUUCGGUGUGAUCAGGGAGGCCAAGGAUUGGGUGUCUGGGGAACGAUUUGCGUGCAAGAGCGUCAACAAAAAACGGCUGGAGGUGAGCAGGUAUGGGUGGGAGGGGUGUCUGGGACUUGCUGGAUGUGCGCAAGGUGUACCAGCUGGGGAAGGAGCUGGGGCGGGGGAACUUCGGGGUGAUCCAGGUGGCUGUGGAUUGGGGGUCUGGCGAGCGGUUUGCUUGCAAGAGUGUCAACAAGAAACGGCUGGAGUGCCUGGACGACUUAGCGGAUCUGAGGAGGGAGGUGGAGGUGAAUGGAUUGCUCGAGGGAACCCUCAUCCCCCUCUUCUUUGCCUUCCAUCGUCUCUCACCCCUACCUGGCAGUGCGUGGAGGACUUGGCGGAUCUGAGGAGGGAGGUGGAGGUGAUGCGAUUGGUGAAGGGGCAUCCCAACAUUGUGUCACUGGUGGAUACGUAUGAAGAUGACACGGACGUGCACAUGGUGAUGGAGCUGUGCGAGGGGGGAGAGCUAUUCGACCGUAUUGUUGCGCGCAAACACUACAAAGAGCGUCAGGCAGCGCAGGUGGGCUUUGUGAGCGAAAAGAUGAUGAAUCGGAAUGGGCAGCUCUUGAGUCGGAGUGGGCAGCUCUUGAGGGUGUGCCGCACUCUCGCUGACGUGCUGCGUUACUGCCACUCCCAGCGCAUCCUCCACCGAGACUUAAAGCCCGAGAACGUGCUCCUUGUCUCCACGCGCAGCGACACGCGCGUGAAGCUCAUAGACUUCGGCAUGGCCUACCGCUUCCAGGACGGCGAGCGCUGCACCCAACGUGCCGGCACUCCCAACUACAUCUCCCCGGAGGUUAUCGCGAAGAAUUAUGGCACCGAGGCGGAUGUGUGGAGCUUAGGGGUGAUUCUCUAUGUGAUGCUGUGCGGGCUGCCGCCGUUCUGGGGGGAUUCGACGGAGGAGAUCUUCUCGAGUAUUCUGUACGAGCCACUGGAUCUGGAGACCGAGCCUUGGCCGGACGUGUCUGCUGCGGCUAAGGACCUGGUUCGGCGGAUGCUGUGCCGGAGGUUCGACGAGCGGAUUACUGUGCCGGCGAUACUGAAGCAUCCAUGGAUUAAAGCCCUCACCCUCACUUAA